AUGGCGCCCAAUAGCGCGCGAGAUGCGCCAUCGUUGCCUGAGCGCGUGGAGAUCGCGGGGCGCGAUAUCGAUCCCGAGGACGACUACGACUACGGGUACGAGGACGAGGGCGACGCGUCUUCCGUGCCCACCAAGAAGGUGCCCAACGGCACCGUUUACGAGGCAGCGCGCGCCGGGGACGUGGAUCGGCUGACGUGGCUGGUGCACGAGGAGGGCGUAGACGUGAACGCGCGCGACCGAUGGGACUCCGUGCCGCUCUACUACGCUUGCCUCGCUGAUGCACUAUUCCGUUGCCCCCCGCCCUGGUUCACCCUUUCUCGUCUCUCUCUGCUCCCCCCCGCCCUGACUCCAGGCCAUCUGGAGGCGGCGCGCGUGCUGCUGGAGGCGGGCGCGAUCUGCAGCGAGCACACGUUCGACGGGGACAGGUGCCACUACGCCGCGCUCACGCUCCGCAUCCGCCGCCUGCUCAAGCGCUACGAGAUGCGCCCGCCGCCCCUGGACCCGCUGCCCAAGGCCUUCAAAGACCUCCUCGACGCCACCGCCGCCAAAGCCGAGGCCCUUUCCCCCUCCGCCAGUGCCACCCCCGGCCCCCCGUGCGUCCCCGCAGCGCUGCUCGACCCGCGCGACCCGCUGGCCCCGGACAUCGCGUUCCACAUCGACGGGCGCGUCGUGCUGGCGCACAAGCCCGUGCUGGCCGCGCGCUCCGACUACUUCGACCGCGCCUUCGCCACCAAGUGGCGCGACCGCUGCGAGGUGUUCCUGGCCAACCCGCGGCUGACACAUGGCGCGCUGGCGGCGCUGCUGGGGUUCGUGUACUCGGACCGCCUGGACGUGCCCGUGGCGGGGCUGCCCGACCUCGUGCGCGCAUGCCGCGCCGCCAAGUGCGGGGCAGGGCUGGUGCGCGCCGUGGACCGGGAGCGCGUGCACGACAAGCUGGCGCAGCACAAGGUGCCGCCACGGCGCGCACUGGGGCUGAGGAGGCGAGGCAGGGGGGCGAGGGGCAGGGCCGGGGGCGAGGGAGAGUUUGUGAACGGGGAGGUGGCAGCAGAUGCCGGAGAGGGGAGAGGGGAUGCAGAUGGUGGGGCGGGCGAGGGGGAGGGGACGGCCGAGGGAGAGGAAGAGGACGGGAGCAGCGAGCGAGGGCGAGAGAGGGAGAGGGAAGAGGAGGAGGAGGCGCAGCGGCGGUUCAUUCUGACUGCGGCAUCGCUGCCCGAGGAGGAGAGGCUGGCGGGCGGCAUGCAGCGGCUGCUAGCGCGGUGCAUGGCGAGGUCUGACACGCGGGCCAUGCACGCGCAUGGGGAGGACGUGGAAGCGUAUGGGGAGCCUGAGGGGGAAAUUGCAGAUGGCGGGGGUGCAGAGGUGGAUGGCGGGGGGCAGAUGGGUGGGGAUGGUGCGGAAGGUGAGGCGAGAAGGAAGGUGCGGUUUGGCACGGUUGAGUCGAGCGGGGAUGAGGGGCGUGAGUGGGCGAGGGGAGAGGACGGGGAUUGGAGGGGCGAGGGUGCGAAUGGGCGUGGUGGCGGUGCGGUUGAGCCCGACCACGCAGACUGCUGCUUCUCCGUGGCGGGGUGUGUGUUGCGCUGCCACCGCGUGGUGAUGGCUGCUCGCUGUGACUACUUCAGAGUGCUCUUCGUGCGCCAGGCAGUGCACGCACACUCGCCACCGCACUGCACAUCUGCAGCAGACGGACAGGGGGGUGGGACGGCAGCGGUGCUGCUGAGAGAUGACGGGGUGGUGCUGCCGUGCUUCCACCUGCCUGACCUCACCCCCUACGCCUUCCACAAGAUCCUCGAGUUCAUGUGCUGCUCCCCGCCCUGUCCUCCUUGUCUUGCUGCCGUUAUCUUCUCUGCCACAAUCAUGCCUACCUCCUCCACAUGUCGUGGAUCUCCGCUCACUACCCUUGUGCAUGUCCUUCCCACCCUUUCCCUGCUGCUCCCUUCUUCCCUCUUCCGCACGUGCCGCGUUCAUGUCACUCGCAGCUACACAGAUCGCAUCCAGCACAUUGCUGUCAGCCAGGCGAUGGACGUGAUAGACGCAGCGGCGCGCUUCCUGCUCUUCCCACUCAAGCGCGCAGUGGCGGACGCCCUCAUCCCCCACCUGCACUCCGCCGACAUGCCCUCGCUCUGCCACUGGCUGCUCGCUGCUGACCUGUACGGAGUGUGGAAGCUUAGGGAGCACGUGCUGGACGUCAUGGCCGCCAACUUUGACGCCUUUGCCGCCUGCCCUGCCUUCCGUGCCAUGCUCGCACGCCUGCCCCCUCCCUCGGGCGACGACUCCGUGCGCACCACUGCACCCUCGCUGCCCGGCGACCAACUGCCCACUUCCGUGAGGCAAGCAGCAGGGGGUCCAGGGGGUGAUGGAGUGGGCGUGGGGGAAAGCAUGAACGUGCUGGAUGACUUGCGGGAGAAGUGGCUGGAGCUGGAGGGAGCUGAGUUAGAGGAGCGGGACGCCAGUGCUGCUGAAUUUGACAAGCGCCUAGAGACGCUUGCAGCUUUGGCGGUUGGUGAGGAAGAGGAGAUCUAG